AUGAAGAGUGUAAUCCGGGUUUCUACGGAAAAGAUUGUAGGCAGGGCUGUAGUGAAAACUGCGUAUCGCCCAGACGUUGUAACAAAUUUAUUGGAGAAUGUGAGAGAGAAUGUAACAGAAGAACUGGAAGAUGUAAUGGAAGAUGUCAGCCAGGAUGGAAAGGAAUAUGAUGUGAACAGAGUGCAAAAUUUAGCUUUUGGGAAACCUACGUGGCAAGAGAAUUACUUUCCAAUCAGACCAAUUGAAUGGGGAGCAGCAAAAGCGGUAGAUGGGGAAUAUUCUAAUCGCUCAGCAAUGGGCAACCAGUGUACAAUAUCAGGAAAUGGAGAGAAGACAGCAACAUGGGGAGUAGAUCUAGAGAGUGUGGUCAGCAUCAGUUUUAUAAACAUAUAUUACAGGACAGAUAAUAUGCCUAGUCCUGGUGCCUACUACGGUCGAUUUGCUGGAUUUUUCCUCUACGUUUCUAAUACAACGUAUAAGAACGAUGGCUAUCUUUGUUUCCAUGAGAUACAAACAGUAGACGGUACACCAACAGAGAACCAGACAAUAAACUGUACUGUACAUGGACGUUAUGUCAUAUACUACAACGAGAGAAAACCGGAUGUGACGUACCCAAGUUACUAUUCUCAAUUUGCUUACAAUGAAUUAUGUGAAUUAGAAGUUUACGGGUGCCCUGACGAAGGAUAUUACGGAGAAUACUGUAACCAAUCAUGUCCCGAGAACUGUCAUAACCAAAUAUGUAACAUCACUACAGGAAAUUGUAUAAAUUGUACAGCGGGAUAUCAAGGUCCUAAGUGUAGUCAAGUAUGUGAUGAACACACAUAUGGCCUGGAGUGUUCUCUGUCAUGUGGUAAUUGUAGUGACGGAGAUACCUGUCACCAUGUCAACGGCACGUGUCUUAAAGGCUGUAGUGAAGGGGUGGAGGGAGAGGCAUGUCAAAAAGAAUGUAGUCCUGGGUACUACGGAAAAGGAUGUAUACAUGAAUGCAGUGUUAACUGUGGAGUGCCGAGACGAUGUAACAGGUUUACUGGGGAGUGUGAGGGAGGGUGUCAAUCUGGGUGGAAGGAAAAACAAUGUGAUAUGAGUCCAAGGAGCAGCGAUGAUAAAAUAACCUCCACUUAUGCAGAACUCGGAGAUCUCGACAAACCCAGCACUUAUGAUGAGCUUCACGUCUAUGCGAAAGCUGAUGAGAAGAUGUAA